AUGUCUGUGAGGUGUAUAACGAAAAUAGCUCCAGCUCAUGGUGAACUAGAACAACUGACUGAUGAAAAACCUGUCAUUCUUGUUCCCGUACAAGUAGCGAAAACUCCAGAGAAAACUCUCAAUAAUAAUGGUAUCGUCCGUGGUCUAUUUGUUCAUAAAAGUGAAGUUUGUUGGCAUGAUCCUUCUUUCAUAUCAUCUUUAUGUGAAAAUAAUGAUAAUGAAUUAUGUCGAUUUAUUAUAUUAAAACCAUUUUAUUCUAAUUUACAAUAUUUACUUUUGAAUGUCUUUCAAGUAUCAAUUGCACCAAUAAUCGAAGAAUAUGUUGCACUGCUAGUUUAUAUUUCUCACCAUAAUACUGGUCGUCUAACAAAAAUCAAUACAACGAAUUGCAUCGUGAUGUCUGAACAUUUUUCAAUUUAUAAACAUGGCCUGGAAGUUUCCGUUCAACAUGAUUAUAGUGAACGUUUAUGUCAACGUUUUUCGAGAAUAUUUGUUAACCAAAUAACAAAUGUAUUUAAAAGGAGUAAUACGAACACAAAUGUAGUGAGAAAUUUAGCUAAUUUUAUGAUAUUAUUAAAUGAAGAAUUAAAAGAAAAUGUGUUUAAUAUUCAAUCAUUUGCCAAAUAUCAACAUUUUAAAUUACAAUUGAAACACGCUUUUAGAAAAAGUCAACAAGAUAAACGUUUACAACAACAACAAGAACAAAAUGAUAAUCAAGAUAAUAACGUUCAAACAGCAGAACCUAUUCAUUCGUGGCCUCCUGUUACUAUGUCAUCAAAUAUUUGUGCUGCUGUUACUCAACCGAAAAUCAUAAUGACAGGAUUAGAAGAAGAUGAAUGGCUACAGCGAUCACAAAAUAGUUAUAAUCAACAAAUAUAA